AUGAGCUCGGCGUACGACGGCCGGAUUCCGUCCUCUCAGGAUGUGAACCGCCUGCUCAAUAAGCUUUACGACAGCGACCCGGACCUGCGGUACAUGGCGUUGAACGAUCUGCAGGCCAUGAUGCAGUCCGGCCACCCGAACUUCUUGCAACACGAUUACACCACCGCUGCCAAGCUCAUCGACGGCUUCCUCCACACGCUGAACGACAGCAGCGCCGAGGUGCAGAACCAGACCGUCAAGUGUCUGGGGCCUUUUGUGGCAAAGGUACCCGAGACCAUCAUCUCGCCACUGAUCGACCGCGUUUCUCAGGUCUCCACCACAAACACCGUCGACAACUCCAUCCCCGCCCUCGCGCUCCGUAACAUCGUCGUUUCGCUUCCCAAGCCCGUCGCCGGCAUUCCGCGCAACCAAUCCGUCGUUGGAGCCUACACCUCUGUUAGCAAAGUGCUUAUUCCGCGCCUGGUGGGUUUCAAUGUGGUCCCCACCGGCAAGCAGGGCCUGCCGUCUGUGCCCAAGAGCAUGCUGGAGGAUGAUAUUGCGAAGGGUUCGGACAGCACCGCUAUUGAUGUGCUUAUUGAGGUGGCCCGCUGCUUCGGCCCUAUGCUGCAGGAGCCAGAGCUUGUUGCCCUGCAACACACAGUCAUGAAGAUCAUCCAGAGCGACCGCGCUGGUCCCGUCUUGAAGAAGAAGGCUGUCACCGCCAUCUCAACUUUGGCAAUCUACUUUUCCGAGCAGACUCUGAGCAAUCUCGUUUCCAGCCUCAUUGAGAGCAUGAAGGAUGCGCAUAUUACCCGGGCGAAGAGGAAGGUCUACAUCAAUGUCCUCGGCGCAAUGGCGCGGUCCAUCCCCAAGAAAUUCGGCCCAUAUCUGAAGACGCUGGCACCGUUCGUGUUGAGCGCAGUGAGCCAGAGCGAGCUGGAUGAGGAACUGGAGGCUUGGGACGGCGAGGAGGAACGCGAUCCGGAAGCCGAUGAGGUGCGCGAGGCUGCUCUGGUGGCGCUCGAGAGCUUCUUGGGCUCUUGUUCGCAGGAAAUGCGCGUCUUUACCGACGAGAGCAUUGAGGCCGGUACUCGCUUCCUGAAGUACGACCCCAACCUGGCAACGGACGAUGACGAGGACAUGGAUGACGAGGAUGAGGAGGAUGCAGAGGGCCUUGAGGAUGAAGAUUUCGAGGAGGAGGCCCAGUUUGAUGACGAGGACGAUGCGAGCUGGAAGGUUCGCCGCUGCGCCGCGAAGGUUCUUCACACUGUAAUUGUCACCCGUAGCCAGGGCGAUCUGCUGGAGGAUGGUACUCUCUAUGACCGCGUGGCACCAGCUCUCAUUCCCCGAUUCAAGGAGCGGGAGGAGAGUGUCCGCCUGGAAGUUCUCGCUACGCUUUCGAGUCUGGUUCAGCAGUCCAAGCCUGAAGUCCUGUCCACUGCUCGUGCAAACCGGGAAGCUUCGAACCUGGGUCUUAUGGGACCUCCGCCAUCACGUAAGAGGAGGAGGGUUGGCAGUGACGCUAGCAUGUUCGACUUGCACACUAACGCUUCUCUGUACGCUGGUAUUGCUUCUGCGAACGCCGAUAGCCAGCCGCUGUCUGGUCCUCAAGAGAAACUUGCCGCGCUGGUACCUGACAUCGUCAAGGGAGCGCUUCCCCUGCUCAAGACUGGAACCCUAUCCACGAAGCAAGCCUCUAUCAGCCUUUUGAAGGAAAUUGUCAUCACAGAGGGUGGUGGACUCUCGGAUUACCUUGAUCAGAUAGUCGAUCCUGUUGUCGACGCCUCUAAGGCUACCAGUUCCUCGACCGGAGGUUCAUCCGCCUCGUCAGCCACGGCGAACACCCUGCGCAUCGAAGCUCUCCUGUUGCUCCAUGCCAUCGCCGAAACGCACGCUCCUACGUUGCUACAGACUUACCUCCCCAAAAUUGUGCCGGCUCUCGACGCGGCGGCCAAGGAACGCUACAGUAAGGUUUCUGCGGAGGCUUUGGCGAGCGUUGAGGGCUUCAUCAAGGCAUUCACCCCGCCGCGUGCUUCGGCUGGCUCUACGGAGAACAAGCCUUACUUGGAGCAGCUGUUUGAUAUCCUAGUUAAUCGCAUCUCCGCCAACGAUGCCGAUGUUGAAGCCCGUCGCCGUGCCAUCCACGUCCUGGGUCUUUUCAUCGGCCGUAGUUCCGGCACUGACGACUUCCUCUCGCAAGAUAAGAAGGUGGCAGGUAUUGAGCUUCUUGGCCAACGUCUCAAGCAGGAGACGACCCGUCUUGCUUCAGUCCGUGCCAUUGAGGUCGCGGCAGGCCUCGCACAGAACAGCGCGGAAUUCUCGCCUCAGUGGAUCCAAGAGGUCGCGCUCGAGCUUGGUGCCCAACUUCGCAAGGCCAGUCGCUCUCUGCGUGGCUCCAGCUUGAUCGCGCUCCGGACCAUUGUCAUAAAUCCUGUCACCCGUGCUCAUCUGGAUGCCAAGACUACCAAGGAGAUUGAGGAGAUGCUUCUGCCUCCGAUCAAGAACAGCGAUUUGCACCUGAUGGGACCAGCCCUGAUUAUCCUAGCGACUUUCGUCUCCAAUGAUCCCAGCAACGUUGUCAAUGAGCAGCUCGUCGAUGCACUCAAGGAGGUCGUGACCUCGACGAUGAGCGGUAGCGCUCUCGACGCUCUUUUGGCUUUGGUCAGGGCUGUGGCAGAGAAGAAUGCCGGUGGUCCUUUGAUGAAGUCAUUGCUCCGUGAUGUUGGUAUUGCGGGCAACCCCGAUCUCAUCGGCAAGGUGAUAGGCACUCUGCUUGUCUACAGCAAGGCAGGUAUCGAUGUAAAGUUGGAGGACUUUGUGCAGGAGUUGCAAACUGCGGUGGACGAGAAGCGAAAGUGCUUGGCUUUGGCUGUGCUGGGCGAAGGUGGUCUGCGCCUUGGACAGGAUUCACCUCUCGACCCGAAGCUGUUUGUUGCUCGCUUCAGCGAUGGUGGACAGGUACCACUGGCAGCGGCAGUUGCGCUUGGAAGGGCAGGCUCUUCGAACGUGAAGACAUACCUUCCUUUCAUCAUCUCAACACUCAGCCAGCCAGACGCCAAGACGUAUCUCUUGCUGCACUCUAUCAGGGAGGUUCUCCAGUACCGCAGUGCUGAUGCUGAUCUGCUCCCGUUCGCGCAAGACCUCUGGCAGCACAUCCUCAAGGCAUCGCAGCAGGAAGACAACAGAGCUGUUGGUGCUGAGUGCAUUGGAAGGCUGACGAUUAUUGAUCCUCAGACAUUCCUUCCCCAGCUUCAGAAAUUCUUGGGAGAAGCAGAUCCCAGCGCUAGAGCUAUGGUUAUCUCGGCGCUGCGGUACACGUUCGCCGACACGGACGAGGCGUACGACGACUUCUUGCGGCCGAUUGUCAUCCCGAUGUUGGCGGCGAUGCUCCAGGAGACGGACCUGGACAACCAGAGACUCGCGUUAACCACUAUGAGCUCGGCCGUGCACAACAAGCCGGAACUGGUGCUGCCGCACCUGACGGAGCUUCUGCCUCUCGUGAUGGGCCAGACGCAGGUCAAGCCGGAGCUGAUCCGCGAGGUGCAGAUGGGACCUUUCAAGCACAAGGUGGACGACGGUUUGGAAGUGCGCAAGAGCGCGUACGAGACACUGUACACGCUGCUCGAGACGGCGGUUGCGCGCCUCAACCUUGCCGACUUCUUCGACCGCAUCAUCGCAGGCAUUACGGACGAGCACGAUGUGCGCACGCUGUGCAACCUUAUGCUCACCAAGCUGGUUCACCUGGCGCCGGACGAGACGAAGCAGCGACUGACGACCAUCUCGGAGCACUUCAAGGCGGUCAUCUCGACCAAGGCCAAGGAGAACGCGGUGAAGCAGGAGAUCGAGAAGAUUGAGAAGAGCGCCAAGGGUGUGAUCAAGGUUUCGAUUGACAUCAACAAGAGCCUCAACGUCGGCAGCGUCGAGGGUGGCAGUGUCGAGGAUCCCAACCACAAGGCUUGGCAGAGCUAUUGGGAGUGGGUCAAGAAGGAGCACGCUGGACCGCUCAAGACGGUAGAGGAGGAGAGCCGCGCCGAGAGGGACCGGUAA